CAGUUCAAUCAGUUUAGUGUUUAGCUGCAUAGCAUACCAACCAUAUCGCGAUUUGUUAAUCAUAUUGCCGUUAAGCGGUUACGAAUAUAAAUUUACAAAUACACGACGAACGGUCGAAUGGCAUAACUAGUAAAUAAAUCAAAAAUAUUGUUAGAAUAGCGGCAUCGGCAUAUCCGUGUGAUUGAUUUGUGGCGCAGAUCGAACAAUGACAGACAUGGGAAUUUUAUGGCAACGACAGUUUGUGGGAAUUUGUUUGUUCCUGUUCCUGCAUUCAUGUAAAGGCGAUUUGCAAGUGCAACAGAUAUGGCCCGAUGAUAACGCUCACUUCAACCAAACAUUGACAAAUAUUUUGCAACCACGCGUCGUGGGUUCAGCAGGGCACACCAAUGUUAAAAACUUCAUAGUGAGCGAACUCAACACACUAGGUUUCGAUACGGAAAUCGAUUCGUUUACACAAAAUGUUCCAAUUUUCGGAAGUGUGACAUUUUCGAAUAUUGUCGGAGUUAUAAAUUCGGAGGCCGAUGAUUUCUUAGCCUUGUCCUGUCAUUACGAUAGCAAAUAUUUUGCCAACGAUCCCGGUUUUGUAGGAGCUACAGAUUCGGCAGUGCCUUGCGCAAUUCUUCUGAAUACAGCAAAAACACUAAACUCGUACUUGCAGCAGCAUUUUAAGAAUCGCAAAGAUCUGGGUUUGAUGCUUAUUUUCUUUGAUGGUGAGGAAGCUUUCCGAGAAUGGAGCAACGAUGAUUCUGUGUAUGGAUCAAGACAUUUGGCUAAAAAAUAUUCCGAUACAAAAACCAGGUCCAAUAUAAGGCAUAUAGACCGUAUUGAGGUUUUAGUUCUUUUGGACUUGCUUGGUUCUGCCAAUCCGAAAUUCUACAGCUUCUAUGCCAACACUGAUGGUUUGCAUAAGAGUAUGUACGAUAUUGAACGGGAUUUGGCAAAGAAAAGAUUAUUGGAAGGCAGCAAUCUAAUGUUUAUCAAUCGCCCAGCUCAAGGAUUUGUUGACGAUGACCACCGCCCAUUUUUACAAGAGAAUGUUCCUAUUUUACAUGUGAUACCAACACCCUUCCCGAACGUCUGGCAUACAUCUGGCGAUAAUGCUGCUAACCUCCAUUGGCCUACCAUGCGAAAUUUCAAUAAGAUUUUCCGAUCAUUUGUUUAUGAAUACUUGAGGCGUCACAGGGAGAAAGUCAAUUUAAGAAAUCUUUAGGAUUUUAUAAUCAUCUAAUCAGAAAAAUUAUCCGCUCUUUAAAAGUAUUAUACAUAUAUUGCAAAAAAUUAGAGACCCAUUUUUUUGUUUUAAUAAAAUAACGAAGAGCAUCCUUUGCAGCUCAUUAUUACCUAAAAUCAACCCGCACCCCAUCUUAGUCGCAGAGUUCCUGGGUCUUGACACUCAACAGAAUCAAGCAGACGAAAAAUGGAACACAACAAACUGCUACAACAAGCCCAUUUUUUGUUGCUUUUAUAAUAUAACGAAGAGCAUCCUUUGCAGCUCAUUAUUACCUUAAAUCAACACUUGAGAACACCAACAGAUUUUACCUAAGGGCUAUGAUUUUUGUCACAAGAGAAUGGCUAAAAGACUCCUUAAACGCAUAAUUACCAAAAUAACCAUGCAGAAACAGCAAUGGAAGAAAUCCCCGACGCUUGAUUUAUUGUUAAAAAUGCUUUAUAAUGGGCUUGUGUCAGGUAAACUCAUUCGAUAUGUAAAUUGUCUUAUUCAACAAAAUUCGAAAUAAACUUUCACUGUUAACCAA